AUGCAGCAUCGCAGAAACAGCAUCUCUCCCAUCCCCCUCAGCGAGCUCGCAUCUACAGUCGUUGAUCGUAUUCCCCUCCUUCUCGAGCAACUGCAAAAUCUAGAGGCGGAGGAAGCUUUCCUGGACACCAAGAUCGUGUUGCUAGAGGAGUUGCAGAGAAGAUCCACGAGUGUCUCUAUGGACACGUUGAGAGCGCAGCCUAGCACCAGUGUUACUGAAAGCACGCUGAAAAGAAAUCAUCUAGUUCCAGACGCAGCUCUGCGAGGGUUAGGCUUGAUCCUAUACAACAUGCCUGCCAACAGUGCCAAUCCUUCAGCCGCUCAAGUUGAUCUACAAGGACUUGAAUUGGCAGAACAUCACUUUGGUCCCUUACUUCACCCAAUCCGCGCCACAAAGAGCGCAUGGACCAACUAUUCUAUCAACCGCCUCCAAACCAAUAAAAAGUAUCGCCCAGUUGUCCGGGUAUCAAGCAAGGACUCUGAAGAUGGCUCCGAGGAAGACUCUGAGGAAGAUGAGGACGAGUACGGUGACGAACCCGAUGAUCUUUGGUUGUCCGACUCCAUCAAAUAUUGCGUUUCUCAGAUUGAAAAAGAGAUGGACUUAGAGGCGGGUACCCUCCAAAAAUGUAUCACCAUUUUAAGCGACAACACGGAACUUGACGACGAAGAUGUGAGUACGGCUUGCCUGACAAUCCACGCUUCUACUGAUAACAUUGUUCGGAUUUACUCGCCCACUGCGCCGAUGUACAUCGACGUGCAUCUUAAAUACCACUGCCGGUCGCGUAUGUCAGAGAUCGAGUGGUUCUACUCACUCGGGUACAAGAUCCAACGCCGCCCGCCUGCAUCAGCGGCCAAUAGCUCGGCCAGGGCGACCCCUCAGAUGUGCACACGCGCAAUGGGUGGCAGUCCAUAUGCUGGGGUUACUAUGAUGACUCCGAUGGAAACUACGGCAAAAAGAUGGCGUAGGGUUGAGGUAGCAGACAUGGGAUUGUACGAGGAAGGAGUUACGGACGUGUACGAAACCUUGUUCGGAAAUUUGGAAAGACCUGCGGAAACCGACGGAGAGGCCAUGCUCGCAUACCAAAGGUCACUCGUAAGGGGCAUACGCCUGCUCCUCGCCACUGUCGGCCUUUCAUACACGGUUGCAUGUACUGACGAUGAAAUCGACGUGCGGCCGCGUGACUUGAUGCUUGAAGGGCUGGCUGACAAAUGGGUCGGGCGGGGGAUACGCAAUGCAUGUGGCCUCCGGCUCACCAGAGACGCAGAAGAAGAGCGGGCAGGUAGCCAGCAACGACGAGAAGAGGCAAAGGGUUCCAACAACCCAUACGAUGAUGACGGCUCCGAGGGUGAUGAAUCCGACUGGUGA